AUGUUUACCCAAAGUGAAGAACAAUGGAAAGAAACGGAUGAUUUUGGUAAUUGCGAAUAUCGACGACGUAUCACCCAUGAAGACUGUUGCAACUGCUAUGGUUCACGACGAUUUCGGUCGCAAUCAUCAUCGGCAGAUUGGCGAAGGUCAACGGAUCAUUGUGGUGGCUUUAACGAUUAUGUGACAUUAUAUCCUUCACAUCUUUGGUCCCAAAAUAUUCUCAGGGGACGCAGGAGACAACGAUGCUGUCAUAGUUCUAAUGGAUAUUGCAAAAGCUGCAGUCGUUGUUCACGCCACAAAUGCUGGGAUGUUUGGAAUUCCGCAGAUCACAUUGAUCAAUUUGUGGAAAAUAUGGAAAAUCUUGGAACAGUUCGCAUCAUACCGACGAUAUUCGUUUCCAAAUCAACCACAAAAGAUUUGCCUAAUUUCCAAACAAGUAUCAUUACUGAUUCUAGAAAUAUUGCAACUGAUAGCGCAGAUUCAUUAAAAGCAACAAAUGCUCCUUAUUACGGACCAUUUCGGGCUCGUAAAAUAAAAAUUACUCCAGCAAUAACGGCUGUUACGACUAGAAGACAUCGAUCGAUUCAUGAGCAUUAUUUAUCGGAACGGAAAUAUAUGCGCAAAAUUCAGAAUGAUAAACCUAAAAUAUCCAAACAUUUAACAUUCAUAAAUGAACCAAUGAAUAACAAAUCAAACGAUUCAAAAAUCGUAUCUGAUGCUUACCAUGAUACUAUAUCAAAACAUAUAUGCAGCGAAUUUGACGAAAUACCAUUAUCGAAAAUUUCGACGUUUAAUGAUCAAUGUUCCAGUUUAGAAGCACCUGCAAAUAUAACUGAUAAAUUUGAUGAAAUACUGGAGAAAAAUUUAAUGUCAGAAGAGAAUCAUCAUGAAACAGGACGUGAUACAUUAAUGGAAGGAUUAGCAUUGUUAAAAGAUCGUAAGAAAGCGAAGGAUGAAAAAACGAUAUGGCAAACAAUACCUGUUGAAAAUAAUCGAUUUGAAAUAUAUCCAAUUAUUACAAAAAAUUUAAUUAAAAAAAUUACAACUUAUUGGCAUAAAAGAACAUUCAAAAAAUUAAAUGAAAUUAAAAAAUUUUCACAAAAAUUUGAUCCAUCAAAGAUUGAUCAAAACUCAUAUGAACAGCAUAUUCAACAAAAUGAUUUGAUGAAAUCUGAAACAAUACCAAUAAAUGUUGAAAAUAUUUCAUUAAAUGAUAUUACUGAUGAUAUUGAUAGUGGUAGUGAAUCGAAAUUUAUUGUGGGAAGAUGUCAGGAACAAGAAAAUAACUCAGAAUUAAUGAUUGGUAAUGGAAAUGUAUCAAAGAGUGAAAUAACUUCAACUGAUACAGAACUCGAAAUUGGCCCAAAGUUAUCGCUACCAUAUUCUCAAGAUCUCAAUGACAGUUAUAAUGGGAUGGAUGAUGAAUUUGAAACUUUUCCGGUUUCAAGAACUUUUCGUGUUACUGGAAAAACGGAAAGUAAACCACAGAAUACAAUUCUAUCAAAUGCUACAACUACAGUAUUAAUUACACCUGUCCUCGAAGAAUCGCCGAAACAAAAAUCAUCAAUCUAUAACGGGCGCAAACAUGAAACGAUCACUGCCGAAGUAUUCAUCCGAAAUCCAAGGAAUGUAAAACCGACAAUAAUCAACAUUUCCACUAGCGAUAAGGAAGCGAAGAGGCCAUGCUGGAUGAUACUAAAAGCAUAUGAAUCACCUUCCAGUACGGUUGAUAAAGAAAUUUCGAGAAAAAAAUUUGAUGAAAAAAUGACGAGAAUCGGAUCCAUUGCUUCUAUAUGUGAAAAAAUCAAGAAAACCAAGAAACCGAAGGCUACGAAUUUUUAUGAAACAGCUUCAACUGUCACUAUUCCGCAAAAAUUUAAACAGGAAAUAUCUGAACGAAGUCAAACAAAAAUGUCAAAUUAUUCAAAUUCUGAUUUACGAUCGAAAAUGACAAAUCGGACGGUUGAAACUGAAACAGAUACUUCGAUUAAAUCAACAUUUAUUACUGAAAAAAGAACCUCAAGCAACGAUGUUAACUUGCCGAAUGAUUUUCAUACUUUAGUAACAAUGAAAACGGAUGAAACUUGCAAAAUUCAUCACACUACUGCUUUUGAACGAUUAUUGACAGCUGACGGUGAAUUAGUGAAAAUCUAUCGACGUGGUUCACCAAUAUUUUUCAUUUUCCGCUACAAUAACAAUCCUGAGAUUUUGGAUAAAAUUUUAAUUCGCUUUAAAAAUGAAUUAGCAAAUUACGAAAUUGCAAUUUCGGCCGUAAGGCUUAGUUAUUUGCCUGCGAUAUCAAAGACGAAUUGGCAUUCAACAUAUAAAAUUUUAACAACAAAUACAGCAUUAUUUGAAAUUAUAACACCAUCUGACAUUCCAAUCGGUCUUUGGCAAAUGAUUAUAGGAUAUGAUAAAACACCGAAUUUAUGCAUCGUCCAUUUAUGCAUCCUGUUUAAUCCAUGGCAUAAAAAUGAUGAAACUUAUUAUUCAAAUGAGAUAGAACUUGACGAAUAUGUAUUAAAUGAGUUAGCUAUGAUGCGCAAAUGGCAACAGAAUGAUGCUUGGCUUCUGGGACAAUUUAGCGCUAUUUGCAUUAAUACUACAUUGCAUCUAUUGGAAUUGUGUAUGGCAAAUAAUUUACUAAAAAUGAAUGAACUUGGAUCGGCUUCAACAAUUGUUAAAGCAAUUGCUGCAGCUAUUAGCAAAUUUAUACUGAAGAUUAAAUGGAGUGAUUUCGACAGAAGCAAUUAUGAGAAUGAAAUCUUGCCAAGUGCUUGGACAGGUAGUAAAGAAAUUAUGGCAACAUAUCAAAGAAUGGGUAAUAAAAUUGGUUAUGGACAGUCGUGGUGUUAUGCUGGUCUUCUUACAUCAAUAUGUCGAUGUAUUGGAAUUCCAUCUCGUAUGGUAACUAUUUAUAAUUUUGCUCCACGAAUUGAAGAUGGUACAUUGAUAAAGUUAGAUAUUAUUGAUGGUAUGCUUGCGGAAAAAAGUAAAGAUACUAUAUGGCAUUAUCAUAUUUGGAAUGAAUUAUGGCUUCAAUCAAAGAUGCUAAAAAAUGGUAGUGAAUGGCAUAUCUGUGAUGCUACUCCAACCACAAAAGAACAGGUUGAAUUAUUAAAUCAAGGAAAAGCGUUAUUUCCGAUACGACGGAUUAAAAAUAAUGAUGAGAAGGUGAAAGGGCAAAAUGAUAAUGAAUAUUUUGGACAGCAACUUUACGGAAUAUUAAAUGCUACUAUUAUUUGCAAUUAUUAUUAUCGUGAUCCGAUAACGCGCAAUCCAAUUUUUGCAUAUUCCAAAAAGCUUGAUAAAAAGUAUAUUUUUGUUUAUCACUAA